AUGAUUGCUAUUCUUAUGGUAGUAAUCAUUCGACUUGUACUGUACAUUGAUCUUAUAUUUACCGGAAAUCAAAGUCCUCAUCAAAGUCCAUCCGAUGGGAAAACGAUCAAUACAAUGCCAUUCGUCUGUGAGGCAAUGUAUUUUCUGUUGGAGUACUUCAAGACCGUGGCAUUUGGGUGGAUGUUCUUAGAGGGAUUCUAUCUACAUAAUCAGUUGGUGCUUACCGUCUUCAACUCUGAACCUCGGCUAGCACCAUAUUUGAUAGCUGGAUACGGUAUACCUGGACUUCAUACGCUCAUAUGGCUCUUCGUUAUGUUGAUAAAGAAAGACUUCAAGGUCGAGCGAUGUCUGGGCUCGUAUUAUCUGGAACCUGAAUUCUGGAUCCUUGAUGGGCCACGAAUGGCAGAGCUUGUGGUAGGUUGA